GCACAGUGCAAGCGCUCGUUGGUUUCGCAUCGUUUUGCAAGUUUUGCGUCGGCUCGCGCUCCAGCCGCCGUAGUGGUCGUACAGCGUAGGUGCGGUGGUCGUUCACUGAACUCCACUACGCACGCGAUGUUUACCUAAAGUAGCGUGGCGGAAACGUCUUAAACGUCUCCUGUGAUUUUACUCUGGUCACAUGUCUGGCACCGAGGACACAUUAGCUGUAGGUAUGCCACUGUUCAAGAAGUCCAAGGAGUCCGACGAUUAUCGAACCAAGCUGCAGCGAAAGCUGUACAUCGCCCAAGAAAGCCCGGACAACACUUUCGAUUUAUCCGAGUGCGCACUCGGCGACGUGCCGUCGGGCGUGUUUAGCAAGUGUCGCGUGUUUCGAAAGACGACCUUGAUACUGCGGAACAACAAACUGACUUCGAUUGGCGGAGGAGGUUCGUUGAAAGAUCUUUGUGACAUUACAGUGCUCGACUUGGAAAGUAACCUCUUGGUGAAACUACCCGACGAGUUCGGUUUUCUUCGCAGCCUAGUCGUGCUCAGCUUAAAGGGCAACGCCUUGAAAAAGUUGCCUGGGAGCUUUGCAAACUUGACGAGUUUGCAGUCGCUGAACCUAAGUGAUAACAAGUUCAGAGACUUUCCGCUGCCGAUUCUCCGAUUGCGAAAACUUCGGGACUUGAAUAUAACGCAAAAUGAGAUCACGAAACUUCCUAAAAACUUCUACGAGCUACGGUCGUUACGUUCUUUCGUCUUGGACAGCUACAACUUCAGCUUUCCCGACGCCGUAGUUUGCUCGCAGCCGCUUCAAUCUCUCAUGCUUCACUUGUGCAACCUUGCAGGCGUCGAAUAUGUCCCUCCGGUUGACGAGCCUGACACUAGCGACUGUAAAAAAGAGGCAUCAGUGACUGCUGCUUCAACUGGCGUUGACCUAGAAGACCAGUACAGGCAAUUUGAAGAGCGAAGAGAUAAGCGACGCCAGGAACUGUUGCAAAUGGAAGAGGAGCUGAGAGAGAGCGCCAUGAAUCGCGCUGCAGUCUCGGAAAUCACGAACAAACACAGGCAAGAACUGCUGCUCGAAAUAGCGCGUGAACAGGACACCUUAGAAGACGCCAUUUUAGAAGUACAAAGUAAGAAGGACAUGGAGAAGCAGAAGCUUGUGUCGCUGCUACUGCACUUGGAAAAGCACUCAGCCGAGCUGAUUCAGCAGAUUUCCAACAAUAUGAGGUCGAAGAACUCCGAAAUGCUGGCACGUGCUUUGGAACAGGAGCAACACGAGAUGAAGGAACUCUUCAGUAUGCAACAGCAGGAAAUAGACAGCUCUCGCCGCAAGGAGAUCCUGCGUUCGAUGGCCGAAAUGCUGCACCAAGAAGAACAACAGCGACACUACAGACAAACCAGAGACAGCAUCGUUAAAGGAAUCCAGGAAGAGGAAGCAGCAUGUGACGAGUUGCUGAGAGGCGCUAUAUUCUCCAAAACGAAGCAACAGGAUGAAACGCUCAGCCGCAUUAUUGACGAAGAAAGAUAUCAAAUGGAGGCAUUCAAAGCACUGCAGUUGAGGCAUGACUACACCCACCGUUACCUGAUACAGCAAAUCAGGCUGAUCGAGAAAGAGUUGAAGAAAUUGACAGAUGUCGAGUUGAAGAAGCGCGACUUCAAAGUCAUGUCCGACCUCGACAUUCUCGCCAAGCACCGUGUCGAGCUCGCUUGCCUUCUUUCCCAGUUGCUCGAAGAAAAAGCAAUGCGAGAGAAGCAGCUGCAAGAUCAGCUAAAGGCAAUAGAAGCUCACAGAAGGCAAGAAAUCAAUGAUUUUUGGUUGAUACAGUACCAGAAGCUUCUUGACAGGAAGCCGCAGGAUGUAUGUGACUUGGACGAGAAGCUCGACUUGCGCAUUCGUGACGUUUUGCUUUUGGCCAACGCAUCCCACUAUGCCACACUCUUUGCUAGCAAAAACGUUGACUGGGAGAACUUCAUCGAGCUGGAGUGGAAAGACUUCAGGAGCUUAGGAAUCAACUCUGACUCUAUUGUACAAAUGCUGCUUUCCGCGAGAGUGCAGUAUCUAGGUGAACACCCAACUGUGAAGCCAAGUGCACCUUCUCCAGACCAGUCACCCGUCAAAGAAAAAGCUGCUGCUGAUGCCAACUUUUCAAUAUUACAAGUGCCUGAGCUCAAGCUCUGGUGUAGCUCUGAGUGCGUCAUUUGCUUUGAGGUGACGAGGCUUCUUGUAUUUGUCCCGUGUGGCCACGUCUGUUGCUGCGAACAGUGCAGUGCAGGUGUGAACCAGUGUCCUCUGUGCAGAGCAGGUGUCGAGGGCAAAUUAUCGGCCACGUAACUGGUUGUGCACAUAUGUGUGUUCGUUUUGCUUCUAUUUUUUUGCAUAUCUAUGCUACACCUAGUCCCUGCUUCAAGCACGCGGUUGUGCGAAUUUUUCGACAGCAUAGUAUCUGCUGUGGUGAUGACACUUUUAAUGCGUUUGCAUCCAAACUACCUCCUACUGUGAAAACAUCAUGUUUAUGUGUUUUUUUCACCAAUCAAAUGACAAAAGAGAAAGUGCCAUUUGCUGGUAGCUUUUAUAUUUCUGCAUAACUCGCUAACUUGAUGAAAUUGAAUGCAUUGCAUGAGCAUGUACAGUCAACUCACAAUCGCAGUCAACUGUUAGCAUCCACAAAUCUUUGUCGGAAGCUUGCGCAAAGUACGGUGGAAAAUAAGAAUUGAUUCUUGGUGAAUGUUGUUAUGUUCACAGAAACAGUAUACAAAAAGCUACUGCCAGACAGCAAUUAGCAAAGGAGAGAGCAUCACGCACUCUGUGUGCAUAUUCAGUCUCUGCUAUCUGAAUGAAUUGGUGGAGUCAUCUACAGUCAUACAUGGGAACAUGCGGAACAGCUUUAAUAUCAAACCUGAAUGCUCAUUUAAUAUGCAUUCCUUUGGACGCCCCCAAACAUAAAAGCCCUGAUCAUAUUAGAUUAUUUUUGAAAUGGACCGAAAGACAAAUACGACGUAGCUUGAAUUAAUGUACUUUUUGAGUUAGCAGAUUUCAAGCAAUUGUGAGCUGACUGUAUAUGCUGACAAAUUCUGGAAAAAAAAAAAUUUGGUCGCAUUUUAGCACUUUUCUAACACCGUCUACUAACCAGGUUUGUCAGAAUGGAGAGCAUACUAGCUCGCCCGUACGCUGCCUCUCAGAGGCUAGAAGUUCAGCAUUGCAUAGUGCCAUUACAAAAUGAGCAAAACUGUGAUGUCUACAAGUGCCACUACUACACAACUGCUCAUUAAAAACAAUUUUUACUGAGAUUUCGAGCCUAGCUGGCUCAUGCCACUGCCGCAUAAUAGGCGAGGUCAAUCGCUGUUACGAGCGUUAGUGUGUAAUGGCACAGCAACGAUUACACCAAGCUUCAUUUCGCCAUUCUGCUAUGACUUGUCUCUACAAGACCGAUUGUUUGUGUUCUCAUACCCCGCACCUCCACUAAAUAUGUUGCCAGUCUGCUCUCUGUCAUCCUCCUCUUCGUCUGCUUGGCCACGAUGCCUCUGGCACAUAGCAAUAUACUACAUUUGUUAAAGAAUUGAAUAGUGAAGUUAUUGAGUGUGCAAUUAUCAGAGUAGACUUAGUAGCUGGUAUGGCUGCACCUUUGACCGGAAUUCAAAGACCGAUCUAAAGCACUCCUCUAGAAAAUUGUAUUGUCAUUCUGAUUUUGUGGUUUCUUAUGUUAAUCCUUUUUGCACUAAAUAUACAUCGUCAUCAUAGUGCUCCUGCUACGGUAACAUGCCAUACCAGUGAAAGGGGAGCAUGUGUCUAAAUAUCUUCAGUGUGCUGGCCAUGCUGUCAAAAAGUUUAGCAGGGUUGAUCUUCAGGUCCAUGUAGUGUCAUUGGAAGCUCUACAAGAUGAAUGUUGCCAUUUUACCUUUGAGAGUCAUGCUGCAUAAAAUUUUAAAGCCGCUCGCUAUCAAACAUUUUCUUGAAAAAUGAGUAACGUGCUGCAAUGAAUGUGAUACCUGUCAGGGAAUGUACUAGUCCAACCCCAAAAGAAGUUUUGAUUAAGACGUAAGGUGAUAGGAGAUAUGAAGAGAAAUGUGCUAAGUCUGCUUUCUCCAGUGCACCUGAGCUCAUAAGUACUCUGCUGGGAACAAGCACGGUGAAAGGAAUCGUCUGCCAGCAGCUCCUUUCUGUAAUAUUUUUUUUAGUAAUACACUAUCGGUAACUUUCUAAGAUUGAAGCCUGAUGAAGUACCAGAGAGUCACAAAAGAAGAGACGACCCGAUUAGGGUAAUGCAACAGCUGUGAAUCCCCGUUUCCUCCACAGUAUGAUAACAUAUGAAUGCAUGUGCAAGCCAGUACGUGGCAGUAAUUUUUCGUCGAGAGAAAUCGCUUAUGGGUGGUGUUUGUGGGCUGCUACCACCAUAUGCGAGUUGAUAGGGAAAGUGGUGAGAAGGAAGUCUGCUUUGUAACACUCGGCAGGGUCACUGAAUGUCAUUACUGCUGCUCCAUAAGGGUGAAAAACUUCUCCUGGCAGACUAUAAUAAUUUCAGGAACUAAUGCAUCAAAAACAGUGAAGCCUCUAAAAGAGAGUUCUCACUCCGUUUGUUAAAAAGUUCUUGAGGUGUACUGUUCAUUGGUUCUACUUGGCAAUGAUGUACUUGCUGAGGCUGCUUGCGCAUUCCCUUCAACAACCUAGUCAUGUGACCGCUAUGAUACAGACUGCAAUUCUGGAUGCGCUGUACAUGUACCUACCUGUUCUUAACAUUUCCUUUACCUGUAUAAACCAUCGGCUGACCCCUUACAUAGAAGCUAGUAAAAUGUGAUGUGAGAAAUUGAAAUUAUACAUUACUGGCUAAAAAUUCCAAACUAAGAUGUUUAUCUAUUUGAGGUGUACAAAAAAAAAUAACUUGCCUUUCAAAAUAAUCGAUCGCUGCAUUUCAAGGCAAGAUUUUAGGACUUGGCGUCUGGUUUCUUCGACUGACACCAAGCGUGCUAGUUCAAGCUGGCUUCACUGCAUGAAAACAACUGUAAGUCUCUCCUUAGUUUAUUUGUUGGAUAAACAGGUAUUUCAAGAACUACAGAAAAAAGAAGGCAAUUUAUAAAGGUAGAUAGUCACUUCCUUGCUGUGUGCAGUGGCAUAAAGUUUGGUUUUACUUUGAGUGGCACCAUUACCUACUUAGUGAUGACAUUUAUUUGCUGUAUUUAGCAAUAGUUAAAAGGCCUGCUGAGCAUCUCACUGCAGCCCUUUCAAAAGAUUUAAGGGAGGUCGAUGGGAAUGGGUGACAUGCACAUUUAGACACUUAAUCUUACACCUGCCAAUAGUUCAGGAUCACCGUGCCCACUUUGCAGUUUUAUAUUGAAUUACAGCCGAACAAGGCGUGCUUAGUUUGCAUGGCUCGUGAAUGAAAAGUAGCCCAUCUCAGAAUGGUCUGUGAAUAAUUGUGCAUGGUGUUUGAACCAUAUUUUCUACAUAAAGUUUAGCAGCUGAUUGAAAGCCAACCCAUGGUGGUCAGGCUAUUUUCUUCACCCAUGUUUGCCAAAGAAAUUAUGAAUUUUUUAUAGGACUGGAGUGGCAGACUAGCAAUAUCUCUGUGAUACAAGCCCAAGUUUUGUUGAUCUUUUUAAAGGUUUGUUUAUAUAAAAUGCCAUUGUGUAGAAAUGUACUGAUAGUUGUUUAUACAUUUAUGUGCGGUAAAAAGCAUGUUAAUUUUAUGCUUCAUCCCGCAAGAUUUCCCAAUGAAUAGCACGCAGGUCUGUUGUUAAGGAAUGGCAUGAAAAUGCCCAGUUUCUUUUGAAGUCGGCAAAGAAAAGUGGCAUUGGCAAGUUAUGGCUUGUCCAUUUGCGGAUCACUUUUUCCCAAAUAAGGGCGCUGGUUUGGUUGAGACAUGGAAUGCACUAACCAUGCUGGUUAAUGAUAGUUUGUAACUUUUUAUUCAAGUUCUUUGCAUUAAGAAGAUAAUGAUAGAAAGAAAGAGAAGUGUACAUCAAUGAUUAUGCCACUGCCACAGCUUUACACCAGCAACUUUGCAAGAUGUGGUUGGCCAUUGCAAUAGUAAGCUUCAUGUCUAUUCUGAUCACACUUUGUGGCAGAAGAUAAUGACACAAUACUGUGUGUCGCUACAAAACUUUCAGUCACAAGUGCUGCGUCUACCAAUGCUGCUGACCGUGUUACUGGCUCCGUUAGACUAUUCAACGAUUGCGGACUCAAAUGUAGCACGACAUGUUGGUAACAGGCACCGUGACGUUUGCGUGCUUGUAUCAUGUGUUCCUUGUGGUGCACUUCAUACCUCAUAUUCUAAGAGAGUGUAACGAAGAGACCACCAUCUCUUACUUUUUCAGGGCCCUCGUAAUGGAUCAGAUUUCUAGUGAAAGUUCAAAACAUUGUGUAGUGUUGUUUCAAAUGAAUAAAAGUAAGGCAAGACUGAAGUUUCUCUACCAAUCCUAACAUUUUUUUUUUAUAAUGUGAACCACAUCUGGACGUUCAGCCAAGGCUAUGCUAAUUUGGAACGGCUCAACAAGCUUUGAAAUUGUUUGUGUGACAAGGGUGUAUAAUAUGUGUCUGAUUCGUGUGUGACAACAAUGGGUUGAACCAGUGGUUUGCUUGCAUAGACUUAUGUUCAUACUUGCUACGUCGUAUAGAAUCCUUUUGUCAUUUCAUUUUCAGUGAUCGUCGAGUUGGGAUAGUGCUUUUCAGACAUCAUAAGAAUGUGCAGCACAGAACUAAUGAGAACAAAAGAAACUGCUGGGUGGCUGUAGCCCCUGCUUGAGAAGUGUUUGCGUACCAAGUAGGAACAGCGGCAGAUGUUUCAAAGCCACUUCAUGGAGGACAGAAAUAGCAGCUGGGAGCUCCGAGGCUCGAGAAACCUAAAGUGUACCAUUCGUCUUGGGAGUGGAAAAAGCUUGGAACAAAAUUCUUAGUAAUGUGGUCUUGAAAACUGCUUGUUGAAGUGCCAUUCUAGUUAGAGAUUUUUGGUGAAGAUUGUCAACUUGAGUAUAUGGCUGCAGUGGGAGUGAUGAUAAUGCUUAGCCUUAUUGUCUUUCAAAAUGGCACAUUUUACUUCUGUGAUUUCACUUCUCACAUAUAUGUCACCAGUUGAAGCUGAUACGUGUGCGUGUACCGUUCCUGUGGUAAACAUAAGAAGUAGUAACUUGCUUUAUUGCUUUACUGUGCAACAUUUAACAUUGGGUUUAUAAAGCAGGGCUCUAAAAGAAAAUUUGCAAAAGCAUGGAAUCUUUUUUUCUCAGCAUAUUUUGUGCUGCUAUCAUUUAUUGAGAUAUAGCAUGCAUAACAUGUUAGUGAAACAAUUUCCACAGUGAUUUUUAACCCUUGCGGUACCACUGCUUUGCUUAAGUGUGUAAGUUUGUUUCAUCUGAAGAGCAGGUGUGACAGGCACUGCAAUCAUAAAUGCAUGCUUGGAAGGUAUGCAUUGCAAUUAGCUUUUCACAAAACUAUGUUUAAUGCUGCUGUAGCAUGUCAAACUAUUGAUAAGUGAGGCUUAUGCUAGCAACAUUUUUUGCCGCUUCUGUACAAAGUUAUUCUAGGGUUAAUAUGGUGAUGAACUUAUUGCAUGUCUAACACAAGACAUUCUUACAUCAGGAAGGUGGUUUCUGUAACAAUUGUGCAUCAGGAAAGACAAACUAAUUGAUAUGUGGGGUUUAACGUCCUAAAACCACCAUAUGAUUAUGAGAGACUCCGUAGUGGAGGGCUCCGGAAAUUUCGACCACCUAGGGUUCUUUAACGUGCACCCGAAUCUGAGCACACGGGCCUACAACAUUUCCGCCUCCGUCGGAAAUGCAGCCGCCCCAGCUGGGAUUCAAUACCGCGACAUGCGGGUCAGCAGCCGAGUACUUUAGCCACUAGACCACCAGGGCGGGGCAAAAGACAAACUAGUCACUAUAUGAAUAUAAAACUAAAUAACCCUUACCACUUGGCUUUAUUUUGCAUUGCCUGUGAAUUUAUUAUCUGCAGUAAUUAUAUGCUAGGCAGAUGAUUGACAAGCUCAACUUUUUGCAGAAGCAAGCCAUGAUUUCGUACAGGACUUUAGCCCUAAAUAUCCAGUGUAUGGCUUGGUUUUUUCGAAAUUAUUUGUAAGCAUUUGUUAUUUACAGCAUAGUUUAUUCAUCACAGUAAUACUGCACUGUAUAAAAAUGCACACUAUUUAAUGCAUCGUCAUAUUGAGAUUGCUGGAAGUUAUGCACAUUUUGCCCUUACACGUGUACAUAACAAUGUGUUUCAGUAGUGAAGUUGAGUGUGAUUGAGAUACGGCGACAGUCACCUGCAACACCAAAAAAUGUUCUAGCUCUGUCUAGACAUUACUUGUGUAGAUUGUAAUGUAGCAUUUCUAAAUCAGCAAAUUCCAAUGUUGUACACCGGCCUUUUGAAAACCAAGCAGAGGUCUCUUGCCCAAAUAAAAUGCAGACGUGUAUAACAAUUCUUGUGCUUCCUUGUACUUGACUGUGAAAAUGUGCAAGAGCUUGCCUGAAUUUUGUGCUGGGGGCCGCUUACUUAGAGAGUCAUAAAUUCAGCAUACUUACUCUUGCGGUGGUGCUUGUGAACUGUUACCUUAUAAAACUUACCGAACAAAGCAAAUUGAACAAGCUAUGUGAACUUGCAUUUUACUUUUCAGAUUGAUAGAACACCAAAUUGCAAUAAUUUGAUUAUAUUAUACACAGUGUUGCUUUGCAAGCUUGCAUGGCUGCUCCAAUAAUGCAACAAGCCUUUUUGAACAUAUUGCAUUUGUAUACACACUUGAAUAUAUCUCUGCAAGUUGUGAAUCUUCAACGGUGCUUAUGAUAUGAGCAAAACUGUUGAUGCAAUCAUCAUGAUUUCAAAUAAAGCAGACUAUAUACAAA